AUGAAGUACGUGGACAACGCAACGAACGAGACUUUUUCGUACCACGACUUGUGUCCAAAGACACCCAUGCUCUUUUCGGUCACCAUUAGGAUUGCUUACUGGUGUCCGCCGGAUUGGCCUACGACAAAGCCGGCGUAUCUCAUGCCGGACAUUGACAAGUAUGAGAUGAGGGCUGAACACUAUUGGGCUGUCGACGUCGUGCUUUGCAAGACUGCCAUUUGUGCUCGUUAUGUACGCAUGUGGUAUCGACAGGGGGCAACCUGCGUCAUACGAAAGUGCUUUACACAAGGCACACGACGUCGGAUGUGGUAA